AUGUCGUCAAAGUUGAAGGCUGCGAUUCUCAUCGUCUCCACGACGGCUGCCAAGGAUCCCAGCAAAGAUGCGUCGGCAGAGAUCUUGAAGGAUGUCUUGGAGCGGGAAGGCGGAGGGAACUGGGACUUGGUGGAAACCAAGAUUGUGCCAGAUAAACUUGAUGAGAUACAGGGCGCGCUCAAACUCUGGUUCACGAAACAAGUCAAUCUGAUUUUAACGACCGGAGGAACGGGCUUUGCUACAUCGGAUAAUACUCCCGAGGCCGUAUUGCCAUUGCUGCAGAAGCAAGCGCCCGGGCUUGUACAUGGCAUGCUAGCGGCAUCGUUGAGUGUCACACCGUUUGCAAUGAUGUCACGUCCAGUUGCUGGUGUACGAGAUAAUUCCCUCAUCAUCACUUUGCCCGGAUCGCCAAAGGGUGCAAAAGAGAAUCUACAAGCUGUCCUCAAGACCUUACCGCAUGCCUGUCUUCAGGCGGCCGGCAUGGACUCUAGAACUUUGCAUGCCGGAGGAAUCAAGAAGCUUGAAUCUGACGCAGGCAUCAAGUCAGGCGAAGCCGCACGUACACAUUCACACGGUCAUUCUCACCACACCCAUGGACAUGAUCAUGGGCAUGGUCAUUCGCACGGUCACAACCACGGCCAUGGCCAUGGGGGACCCGUACGGCAUACUGCUCCUGGAGCUAAUCCAUUAUCAAACGAUCCUAGUUUGGGGCCCAGUAGGAGAAAUCGCGAAUCGCCAUACCCCAUGCUCGAAGUAGACGAUGCCCUCGCCCGCAUCCGAGAGAACACUUCGGCGCCAGUGACUGUCAAUGCUAGGGUAGACCGGUCACUGCCGGGAUCCGUACUCGCAGAGGACGUGAAAGCCAGGGCAAAUGUCCCAGCUUUCCGUGCCAGUAUCGUUGAUGGGUAUGCCGUGGUCGUUCCCAAGGAUGGUAAUUUGAAGGGCGUUUUCCCCGUCGUUUCGGUAUCUCACGCAGCUCCUGGUGAAGGGUUCAAGCAUCUGAAUGAAGGGGAGAUUGCUAGAAUCACCACUGGUGCACCUCUACCUCCCGGUGCCACGUCAGUGAUCAUGGUUGAGGAUACCGUACUCAAGACGAUGACUGAUGACGGGAAAGAGGAGAAGGAGGUCGAAAUUCUCGCAGACGGCGUCAAGGAAGGCGAAAACAUUCGUGAAGUCGGAAGUGAUAUCGAGAAGGACACUCUCAUACUUGGAAAGGGCGAGCAAAUUUCAGCGGUGGGUGGAGAGAUUGGUCUGCUCGCUGCGGUUGGUGUUGCCGAAGUCAAGGUGUACCAGAAACCAAUAGUCGGCGUGCUAUCAACGGGAGACGAGAUCGUCGAGCACGACCGGCCCGGCGAGCUCAGACUUGGCGAGGUUCGAGACACGAAUCGCAUCACCCUCAUGUCAGCGGCACAAGAACACGGCUUUGAAGUGGUGGAUCUGGGUAUCGCGUCGGAUAAGCCCGGUACCCUCGAGGAGACCCUGCGUGAUGCGCUGAGAAAGGUGGACAUGAUCAUCACCACGGGCGGAGUCAGCAUGGGCGAGUUGGACCUGCUCAAACCCACCAUUGAGCGCUCCCUCGGUGGCACCAUUCACUUUGGCCGCGUGGCCAUGAAGCCCGGGAAGCCCACCACCUUUGCUACCGUUCCCUUCAAGAGCAAUUCGGGCGAGCGUAUGAACAAGAUCAUAUUCUCCCUUCCCGGAAACCCGGCAUCGGCUAUUGUCACCUUCCACCUCUUUGUCUUGCCAUCGCUGCACCAAAUGUCUGGAAUCGAGCCAGCUGGGUUGACCAAGGUGCCGGUAUCGCUCGCUCAUGACUUUUCCCUCGACAAGCAGAGACCCGAGUACCACCGAGCCGUAGUGAGUAUCGGCAAGGAUGGGACGCUCAGUGCAGAGAGUACAGGAGGGCAGAGGAGCAGCAAGGUGGGUAGUCUCAAGGGUGCCAAUGCAUUGCUAUGUAUGCCGGCUGGUAAAGGUCCCCUGCGCAAGGGAGAAAAGGUCGAUGCCCUGCUCAUGGGGGCAAUCAGAACCGAGUUCUAG